AUGGAUGAAGACUUCUUCAAAGGCAAACUAACAAUUGGCGAGCUGAAGUACCGCCAUCCUUGCGCGGGUGUCUACGUCAGAAUCGGGAACUUCACAACGAUCCUCAUGCCAGAAUCAGACGAAAGCAGCUCAGGCUCCAGUUGGCCAACAAAGUCAGGAGAUAACACCAACACACCCGCCGCGCCUUUCCAAUGGACACUCAAGACUAAGCAUGAAGAAGACCAGGAGUAUCUUACAAGACUAGAGGCCAAGCUUAAGCGGAUGCAACAGCCUGACCCACAGAUGCGCGGUUCGACGCAGAAAUUUCCAGCAGCAGAGCCAUCAGAAAUUGAGAGCGAUUCAGACUCUGCUAGCGAAACCCUUGAGAGUGAGAAUGAACAGCACCAUGUACCUCCCACUGUAGACGACGACCCAGGAAUACACCUACUUUACGAUCAUCCUGGAGAAUCCCCCAACUCGCCCUCGUCGAGCCCAGUUGUUCAUACGGUCGCUGUGGACCCCCCUGACCCCGCCGACCCAACAGCCAUAAUCCCUCUGGAAGCAAACGGUGAUCCCGAGCAUGAACUGCAGCCUCAGUUCGAAACAACCAAUCAGCCCCCUCCCUCUCGAAGUAGGCUUGUGCACUUCCGAUCUCGUGUUCGAAUCGCGUCUACCAUACGUAGUCCCACCAAUCAUGGCUCUCGUUCGUCCUCUAUAUCUGAAUCUUCUUCCGUGUCUGCACCUCUUCGAGGCCCUACAGAGGAGAGCAUACUAUCCAGAGGAGCCGCUGGCCGUAUAUUCGGGGUUGGCCCUGUUUCCGCUGCGCACGCCGUUGGGAGUGGUAUUCAUCCCGGAGAGAGUUUAAGUGAGAUGAUGAGCGCCGAGGCGGCGAGUUUGUGGUUAAAUCGGCGACGGCCGAGUUCAACGCGAGGCCGGAACACACGCAAGGCCCGCGGUAGGAGAGACGAAUCAGAAGAGGAGCGCACUGAUAUUGACAACGAGGCCGAUGAGCGAACAGGUUUAGUAAGUCAUCCGAGGGUAGCCCGUUAUGGUGCAACGCCUCAAAUGAGUACUACGAUGGUUGCGAGAGAGAUCGAUGUUGACGCGGAACUGGACCGUGCAAGGCGAGCAGCAAGGAAAACUGAGGAAGAUGUCAUAUUUGGGCCGUGGCCAAAGAGACUCAUGAACUGGAAUUGGUGGUUAUAUAAAGUUGAACAAUUCACAUGUGGGUUAUGUGUAGACGAUCCCUAUGCCGAGUAA